UUUUUCUCUUUUCACAAACUAUUACAACAUGACCGAAGUGAGUGCACCUCUUGCCGAUAUUGGCGCUGUUGAAGAACCCCUUGAUUUAGUUAGACUUUCUUUGGAUGAACGUAUCUAUGUUAAAUUAAGAGGUGAUCGUGAAUUACGCGGUGUUUUACACGCUUAUGACGGCCAUUUGAAUAUGGUUUUAGGUGAAGUCGAAGAAACCAUCACUAUUGUCGAUGUCAACGAAGAGACCCUGGAAGAGGUUAUUAGGACUGUCAAGAGAUCUUUUGAAAUGUUGUUUGUUCGUGGUGAUGGUGUAAUCUUGGUCUCCCCUCCUUCAAGAAACUAGACGUUUAGAUAGCAACAGGUAGCAAUACACAACCCAACUAGCAAC